GAGGGCAGUUGUACUAAUGCUGCCAAUUGUUAAUUUGUGAAAUGGGAGGUUCUGCUCACAAUUCUGUCCCAGAAGACCUAACAAGUGAAAGAGAGGAGGGGAACUUCUUACAAGGCCAGAGGUUCCUUUCUCUCCAGACAGCCUGGCAGAUAGGGAUAAAACACUAAUACCUGAUGGGAUUCACCUUCCCCAACCUGGCACUCAUUGGCAGUGAAGCAGAAAGACAGAACUGUGCCCGAAAUAUCUGGAGGGCAACAGGUUAGGGAAGUUAAGAUUGAGCAAAUGCUGUGGUUUAGAAAGGCCCAGGUAGCUUACCUGACAGGCCCAUAAAUGAGCAGGAAUUUAGGGCACUUCCAGACAUAUUAUUAAAAUUGUGCACUCAUGAUGAUUUGUGCUCAGGAUGGCAUUGAGGUGUCCAUAUGCAAUCUCUCUUCCAAAUACUGCUUGUACCUGCAAAUUUCAGAGCAAGCAUAUUGCCUUCAUUUCCAGUCAGCACAUGCCCUGUAGCUUCCUGCUGAAAUCCUGUAACUUUUUAUACCACAAAUGUUCUGGGUCCCAGAGUUUUGUUACUCUGUAGCUCAAGAGUUCUGUUGUUGUUGUUGUUGUUGUUUAGUCGUUUAGUCGUGCCCGACUCUUUGUGACCCCAUGGACCAUAGCACGCCAGGCACUCCUGUCUUCCACUGCCUCCCACAGUUUGGUCAAACUCAUGUUAGUAGCUUCAAGAACACUGUCCAACCUUGUCGUCCCCUUCUCCUUGUGCCCUCAAUUUUUCCAAGCAUCAGCGUCUUUUCCAGGGAGUCUUCUCUUCUCAUGAUGUGGCCUAAGUAUUGGAGCCUCAGCUUCAGGAUCUGUCCUUCCAGUGCACACUCAGGGCUGAUUUCAUUCAGAAUGUUUAGGUUUGAACUUCUUGCAGUCCAUGGGAGUCUCCUCCCAACAUAAUUCAAAAGCAUCAAUUCUUCAGCUGUCACCAUCUGCAGUGAUAAUGGAACCCAAGAAAGUAAAAUCUCUCACUGCCUCCAUUUCUUCCCCUUCUAUUUGCCAGGAGGUGAUGGGACCAGUGGCCAUGAUCUUGGUUUUUUUGAUGUUGAGCUUCAGACCAUAUUUUGCGCUCUCCUCUUUCACCCUCAUUAAAAGGUUCUUUAAUUCCUCCUCACUUUCUGCCAUCAAGGUUGUGUCACCUGCCUAUCUGAGGUUGUUGAUAUUUCUCCCGGCAAUCUUAAUUCCAGUUUGGGGGAAAAUUGGCAAAAACCAAGCAUUUGGGGGUAGGGGGUAUUUACUCCUCUCUGUCUCUCUCAAUAUUGCCCUAACACCUGUCCCAUCAUUUCCAGUGGAACUUGCUCCCCCAAUUCUGCAACUGAAAAAGACUGAAAAUGCUCUUGAUGUGAGCAUUGCUUUCUCCUACCCAUCCUGUGCAAAGGCCACAUUUCAAGACCUGACCUAUGACUUGGAGUAUGGCAUCGAUGGAGCAGGGAAACCAAGGAACUUCACUGAGACGAAGAAGAAUGUUCUGGGCUUCGACACGACACACUGGAGCAGUGGCAGAUAUUGCUUCCGUGCCCGUGCCUUCGUGAGUGAAAAAUGGAGCAACUACUCGAAACCAGUUUGCACUCUCUUGCAUGAAAAAGCAGAAAACUGGGCCUUUGUUGCUGUUCCAUUGCUACUCAUGCUCCCUGCUGGUGCCUUUGUUGUCUUCUGCUGGUACAGAAACAUGAAUAAUCAAAUCAAGAUGCCUCAAGCUUUGGAUUUUUCCAAAGGCCCAACAAAGUUGCUGUUGAUUGGCGAAAGGGAAUCAAUCAAGUUGGAUUCCUUCACGUGUACAGGAGCACUUGUGGAAUCAGGAAGGAGGAAUAGGACUGGCCCCCAGAUACACUCAACACUGAGUCCUUCUGUCCUGUCAGAAGAAAAUGAGGAAGAUGAGGAUGACGAUAGCGGAAGCCCCAUAGCCUACAUGGAAGUGCUUCGAUUCCAGAAGAAAAGCGUGAACUGCCAAAUGGCCAGCAUGUGCCUGGAAGCACCUCUGCCAUCUUCCGGCUAUGGAAGUUCUCAGUCAGGUUUGCCAGAUUUAAUGGUGCCAGGGGUCCCUGUUUCAACAGAGUGGGUGACAGGGGAGUCUUCUUCUGGGUUCCAAGAGAACGAGGGGACCUCAAGUUCUGAGAGUUCCUCUGUGGAGGAAUCCCUUGAGUUUCCAGUUGGCUUUCCAACUGCUAGAGGAAAGGAAUGGGAUGAGGAUAUAGACUUCUCGUCAGUAUUGAUAGAAGGUCGUGGCAUUAACCUUCCCACUGGGAAGCAAUUCAUGCCUGUGAGAAGUCAUUCUGAAGAAAACUGUACAAGCCUGGAGGACUUGAAGAUACCUCUCUUUGGGAUGCUAGGCAACCAGGACUCCUGUGGGCUCCAUUUUGAGGAGCAGUUUGUAGAUAAAAGAGGUUCUGAAAAGGACUGCAGUGGUUGUGGAAGUCUUGUGGAUGAAAUACCUCUUCUGGGGGUGCCUUGUAGGGGAGCCUUAGAACCUGGGCUGCUUGGAGAAAACAGAGACUUGGAAUCAGGCCGUAUCCCAGAACCCAAAUUCCAUGGGUAUCGGCCGAGGCACACACAUUAUAUUGCAAGAACCUGAUUUGGAUGCCCUGAAAUGGAUUUCCCUAGCCAUAGAAUCUUAGGAUCAUAGCCAUUUCACCAGUACCAGGGUGGUGAACUUUGCACUGAAAGAUCUGAAUUCUACAAUAGGGAAGUUAACCAUUAUACAGAAUCCAAUUCAGUCCAAGCUCAUGCUGUUUUCUUUAAUCCUCGUCCCCAUCCCCUAAUGAACAAGAUGUGGGAAGAGAAAGGUGCCUCCCGCUUCAGAGUUUUAGCCCCAUUCUGUAGCAAAAACUUCUACAUUGGCUCCAGGGGCCAGUUCAGCAGUCACAAAGAAAGCCAGGAGAAGAAAUAUCUCAAUUUACAGUGCAAUCCUAUGUAUGCUCACUUGGAAGCAGAAGUAUGUCAUGGGCACAGGGUGGCACAGGGUGGCAAUUCAAUAAAUAGAUCUACAUCUAACUUCCAUUGUUGGAACUAAAAAAAUCCUCUCUGCUGAGCACAAGAGGCCUUCUGAAGUCCCAAGCUGUUGUAAGUGUUCUAAAUGCGUUUGUUAAUUUAUAUUGUUAAUAUAUUGUUAGAUAUACGUACAUACCUCAUAUAUUUAUCAAUCCGGUGCCCCAGAUAUUUUGGACAGUUCCCAUUUAGGCUACUAUUCCCAUCAGCCCCAGGCAGGGUUGUGUUAGCGGGGCCACUGGCAGUUGUGAACCAAAACAUUUGCAAGGCAACAGGUUGGCAAAGACUCUUGUGCAGCGUUUACCAUGCACUGUCUCACUCUGGUGAUGACAGCCAGCCCUACAGGCUGCUGAAUCUUGUGAACCUUGCCUUGAGACAGGCAGCUAGCUUUGCCAAGAAGCUUUGCUCUGAAGGUAUGACUGUCCAAACCAACAAAUCCAGCCAUUGUUCUCUCUGACAACCUCGUCUCCUAUCCUCUUCCACAUUACCUGAAGCAGGUUAGCUAUUGGGAUGAGGAUAAUGUGUGGCAGGCACGGUACCUGGAGGGAAGGCUCGUUUACCUUGUGUCUUUCUCCCUGAAGCCCCAGCUCUUUAAAAGGAGGCAGAGGGAGACAGGAGGUUGGCAAAUGAAGGUUAAGAUAGCAGCCCUCAAAUGGGCAGGUUUGAUCUGGAGUCUUCCUGGUGUUCAUCCCACUUUGGACAGAUAGAAAGUUUUAUUUGGGUUUUCACAGUAUUAUAAUAAAAGCAAUACAGCCUUCUGCUGCCUUCCCUGUUCCUUCCUUUCCUCGUGCCUUGUUACAGCCUUUUCGCUUCUGAUGUGCAGUUGUUUUGACAUGUUUAUACAGUGUUGGGGCUCACGUGCUCAGAUAAGGGUUAGGAAAAACGAGUGUCACCGUUCUCCUUGAGCCCCAGAUUAAGAUCCGUUAAGCCAGAGACGUUUCCAUAACUGUGUUGUGCCUCCCACUUUUCGAGACAUGUUCAAGGACAUCAGCUAGUUCUUUGCAAUGAUUCUAUGAUUCCUCCAGAGAAAACAUACCUACCUCGCCCAAAGCUGCUUCCCACCUUCCCUUUUAUCCUUGCUAGAAACCAUCAUCCGCACCCACCCUUGGUAACACUUUGGGUAAUUCAAACAGUAUUUUCUAAAGGAAGUUUUACUGUGACAGAGUUUGACACAUGCACACAUUUGAAGUGUAACCUUGCAUGCUCUUCUCGCUUGAUUUCUUCGGGUGGGAGAAGUGGUUCCUUUCCAUGCAUAUUGACUGGUGGUAUUUCUCCUUCGAAUGAAAAAUACGGUUGAGGAACCACCAGGCUGGAAACUGAGACCUCCAGGUAUAGGGCCGUAUUCAAUAAAUAAUAAUAACAACGGCAACCUUAUCAGUAAAAUGGGAAGUGUGUCACUGUAUGUGUAUAAUGUUGAAUUGUAUUGUUAUUUACAUUGCUAAAUAAUGUAUGUUUUUAUAGCCAUAAAUGGGCUACAAAUAAACUUUUACAGGGGAAAAAAAUCAAAACUUUUUGUGUGUUUUUCAAUCGGUCAAAAGGGGAGGUACUCGAACAUGUUUCUGUGGAAUGCAGGAGUGACAACCCCCUAAGGAAGAUAAAUAACACAAUAAAAUCCAGAACAGUAACAAUUAAUUGCACAUUUAUUCAAAACCCAGUUAAAACCAUUUAGUUCAAUUGAUUCAACAAAACUGAUGAACUUGAACCUCUGGCGCAUGCUUUUCAGAGGCUGGUGUGCCCCUCCAGCAUCCCCUGCCACCCUCUUGCCUCUUAGUGCCCUCUUGGUAAUCCCACCAUCCCCCAGGGGGCAGUAACGUCCACUUUGGGAACCACUGUUUCAGACAAAUGUAAUCUGCCGCAACCUAAUAGUGAAGACUGGUAUUGAAUCAGCAUUCCAAGAGGACUUAAGAUGCAUCCCUGUGAGAAAAGGAAUCUGAUUUGCAUAUUGGAGCUUCCUUAUAUUUUCCAGUUGCACAAGUUGUAAUAGGUAAUGAGUGCAUAAAAAUCCAUUAACAUACAAAUAUGCAUUAGAUCAGGGAACACUGGUUUGCAACAAUGUCUGUGCUAGGCCACUAUGUGAACAGGGUGCUGGACUAGUUGGGCCAUUGAUCCAGCAGUAUGGCUCUUAUUAUGCUCUUACUUGUGCAACUGCAACAAAAACUUGAUGGCUGCCUUUCUACGAGUCUGUCUAGGGGAUGGAGGAAACAAAUACAUUUUUCGCUUUAGCUCUGCAGUGCUGGGCCAUGUCCUCUCCCUCCCCACCGGCCAGGCAGCCAUUUUGGCCACACCACUUUCUCAAUAUUCCCAUCUGAAAUCAUCUGAAAUCAGACAGAAAAGGAGAAUUGCUAUCCAAUUCUGUGGCUGCCAUAGUUCCUUAUUCUCUGGGCCUUAGAAAAAGGUUAGCUGUUUGCCGGGCCAAAGUGCAAGAAAGGGGAAAUGAGCCCAUAAGCCGCAUAAUGAUAGUGUUCAGACAAAGCAGAAGUGUAAAAUGAGUUUCCACCACAUUCUCACGCGUGUAGAACCUGAAAGCGGAAAGGGUUUGUGAACUGACCGUGCCCUCUGAAAUUUUCUAAGUGCUGGCAAAAUUAUUCCAAGUGAGUUGAAGGGCAGGUACACCUUUGAACAGAGACAGACAGCUGUUGACACAGUGACUGCCUUCUAAUGACAAGUCCAAAAAGAGGCCAUUGAUGAUGAGCAGCUGUAUAUAUUAAGUAACAGACCUGUUGGGUAGCUUCAUUUGUCAAGGAGGUGGAU